AUGUAUUGACUGUGAUUAACGACAUGGACAGUCAGGUAUGUGGAGAUGGCAGACUGAUAGACGUAAUCGAUGAGAGCUGGCGCAAGGAACGCUUACCUAUCGACGACAUCUCAACGCCGGUGGCUGAAUUGCCAGAUCCUGAGAGUGAUAACGGAGAUUCUCACAUGACAUUGAAGGAAUUGGAGCAAAAGUGGAACAAUCUAGCUUUGAGUUCUCUCAGUGACAAUCAUCUGCAUUCCCCGACACCUCUGCACAAUUGAAUAUUGUUGCUCAAGUGUUUGAAGAAUUAAUAGAUCAUACAUUUUAUAUAUAUAUAUAUAUCUUGAUAACUUUUCUUGCUGCAUCACAAUGGAGUUCCCAGAGACUGGCAAACACUGUUCAGUGAAAGACUGUAAAUUAUUGGAUUUUUUGCCAUUUGUGUGCGAACAUUGUCAGGCCACUUUUUGUAAAGAACACUUUCAUAUGGUGUUGCACGAGUGUUUAAAAA